CUCUCUCUUCACAUUUACCAAGUUGAUAUGAAGUUGCUAGCAAAGCAGAGCAAAGCAAAAGUUAUCAAAGAUCAUCGUGCCCCUCUUUCAUCUAAUCUCAUCAACAGAGAUAGAGAGAAUAAUAAGUGAUGCCAUCUCAAUCUUCCUCCUUUGACCAGUCUAGGUCUAAAAUGGACUCACUGUUUGUCUAUCAUCUCUUCUCUUCUUCAAGUUUUGGACUCACUUCUAAAUCAUGGAUAAUAAUAUCAUUCUUGAAUUUCAAUGCUAGUUUUUGAAAGGUUUUUCAUCGAGAGAGAAGAUACAGAAAUGGGUAGUGGUAAGAACAGAUGGAGAAUCUCUUUCCAUCGAUCAACAGCAGCACCGGCCAAAAAGCAGCCACCAAUAGAGUUCAUUUGCCCAAUUUCUGGUUCAUUAAUGGCCGACCCAGUCAUCGUUUCCUCCGGCCAAACAUUCGAGCGUAACUGCGUUUCCGUCUGCAAAAACGCUGGUUUCAAUCCCCUCCUAUCAGACGGUUCCAUUCCAGAUUUCUCCACCAUCAUCCCUAACCUCGCCCUCAAAUCCACCAUUCUCAACUGGUGUCGUGAAUCUUACGUAGACCUCCCCAAACCCAUCGAUCAAAUCUCAGCAGAAAAGCUAGUUCUUUCUCUCGUAGCCUCGCAAACCCAUAAUCUAAUCGACCCACCUAAACAAGAUGAUAUAAGAAAGCCCGCCGGGGGGAAAUCAACUCACCGACCGAGUCGCCUCUCCACUAGUUCGUCCGAGUCCGUGGCUACAGUCGCAUCCGGCCCAAUCUCACGGCCAUCUUGCUAUUCCUCGCAGUCUUCCUCGUCGGAGAUCGAAGUCCUAAACGUUAACUCGUCCGACGAGGAAGAAUUAAUCGUCAGGCUGACUAGUUCCCUGGUCCAUGAACAAGAAGACAGUUUAAUUUCACUAAGGAAGGUGACAAGAACCAAAGUGGAAACCAGAAGUCGUCUAUGCACUUCCCGAUUAAUGUCAGUCCUCCGAUCCUUAAUCACAUCCAGAUACGCCGUGAUUCAAGUGAACGCAACCGCAGUUCUGGUAAACCUCUCCCUGGAGAAUCAAAACAAGGUAAAGAUCGUUCGGUCCGGAAUCGUCCCACCGUUGAUUUCCAUCUUAAAAGGUGGAUUCCCUGAGGCGCAGGACCACGCUGCAGGAGCACUGUUCAGCCUAGCGCUCGACGAUCAAAACAAGACGGCAAUCGGCGUAUUAGGAGCAUUGCAGCCACUUAUGCAUGCCCUCCGGUCGGAAUCAGAGCGAACUCGGCAUGACUCGUCCCUAGCGCUUUACCACCUGACACUGGUUCAAAGUAACAGGUCAAAGCUAGUCAAACUGGGUGCUGUUCAAACCCUAAUGGGGAUGGUUAAAUCGGGACAUAUGUUGGGUCGAGUCAUGUUGAUACUGAGUAACUUAGCUGGUUGUGCAGAUGGGCGAGCCACGAUGCUCGAUAGUGGUGCGGUGGAGUGGUUUUUGGGAAUGUUGAGACGAAACGAGUUGGAGUUUGAGUCGGGUCGUGAGAUUUGUAUAGGGACGUUGUAUGGUUUGAGCCAGGGUGGGUUGAGGUUUAAGGCGGUGGCGAAGGCGGCGGGGGCGGUGGAGGUUAUGGAAGAGGUGGAGAAAACGGCGGCGGGAGGAAGCGGCGAGAAGGUGAAGAGAGUUUUGGAUGUAUUGAGAGGGAGAGAGGAGGAAGAAGAAGAAGUGGAUUGGGAGGAGUUGCUUAAUACAGAGUCCGAUGAGCCUCGCCGCCGGACGAUCUCUUCUUGACGAUUGACUCGCCGGAGAUUAAUACAUCGGUUUUUUACAAUUAAUUCUUCUUCUUAUGAGAUUAAUUGCCUUCUUUUGAUUGGCUUGUAUUCUUGUUUUUAUUUUUUAUUUUUAUUUUUUACUUUUUGUCUGUAGAGAUCGAGUGUUUGAUUUUCUGUAAUGGAUGCUGAAGAUGUAGAUAAAAAAAAUUAAUUAGUUUGGUUGGA